ACUGCAUUUGGUCUGCAGAUAACAAGAGGACUCUGGCCUCUGGAAUCCCCUAGCUGGUGUCAGGAAAAAUUGAAUGCAGGACCCUCCCAUUGCUUUCAGGGAAACCAAAAGUAACUCAUAGCCAAGACUUAGGAAACUGGAACUUGUCUUGAAGCCAGCAGCAGGGCUCGGCUUUGCUGUGGGCUGGUUCCAGUGCAGCACAAAUACCAGUAGUUAUUUAUCAAGGAGGAAGGGCCCUGCUGGGGUGUAGGCAGAUCCAGCUAUAGAGGCACCUGGAGACAGUAAGGCAAGAAGUGAUAUCAUCAAAUGUAGAGGCGGGAUUGCUAACCUCCCACUGCAGGAGCUGAAGAGACAGAGAGAAGGCAGGAAGCUUCUCCAUGGAGGCUUCGAAGACGGACCCCGGGGAGCAAGGUGGUGGCAAGAGAGUGGAAGACGUGGUCUCUGAGUUCUUGGAGGCUAACCAAGAGGCAGAAAAGCUUUGUUGUCACUACAAGGAGGGGAUCCAGGCUGUUCAGAUGAGCCUGGAGUCCCUCCGAGAGAAAGUCAUGGGGCAGUUCAAGGAGAUGCACAACAUCCUCUAUGCUGAGGAGCAGUCAGUGAUGGCCAAGAUUAGCCAAGAGGAAGAGCAGGUAGUUGGAGGUCUGGAGAACAAGCUGAAGAAGAUCACUGAGAGAGCAGCCGAUGUUUUGGAAAUAGUGGAUUACCUGGGCCAGGUGAGAGAGUAUGAUGAACACCUUGCAGAUGCGGCAGGGAGCCAAGUAGACCAGUUCAAGGCAGAGCUGAAGGAGCACACAGAGGAGCUGAGUCUCAGCAAGCCAGCAGGCCUUUGCAGCCCUCCUCUGAUGUAUGCUGUCUGCAGGAGGAUGCUGGGACACGCUAUGCAGUCUGUGCUGGAGAGCCUCACCCUGGAUCCACGCACAGCUCACGCCCAUCUGGAUCUUUCUGAAGACUUGAAAGCAGUGAAGCUGGGACCCCGCUCCCACGCCAUUCCCAAGGAUCCCCAGCGCUUCCAGCCCUGUCUGUAUGUACUCUGCUCCCAAGGCUUCUGCUUGGGCAGGCACUACUGGGAGGUGAGUGUUGGGAACAAAAGCAACUGGGUAGUCGGGGUAGCCAGCUACAGAGUCAACCGCCAGGCGACAGAAGAGCUGAUCCCAGAAAAUGGCUACUGGGCCCUUCGGAAGCUGCCAGGUGACCGUUACUAUGCCCUCUCCUCACCCCCAGACCGCCUGACCCUUAACACCAGACCCAGGAGGGUGGGCAUUUGCCUGGAUUAUGAGUGUGGUAGGGUUGGGUUUUAUGAUGCCCAUAGCAUGGCUAAGAUCUGCCUGCUCCAGGGCUGCUUUCAAGGCAUGCUGUACCCUUUCCUGUGCCCUGGGUUGGUGCUGUCUGAACAGGACCAUGAACCUCUGAGGCUGUGUGACUGAAGCAAAGGGAGGCAUAUCUGGAGACCCCUGCCCAGAUGAGUCCCUUUUCUGCUCUUUGAGGAGCAAACAUGGGUCUGGGCCUGCAGCGAAUAGGACUCUUGACUAAAUGAAUGCAAACAGCAAUGCUAAGACUACAAGCGGCUCCUCACCUUAUCCCCCUGCAACUCUUGGCGAAGAGAUGUUAUGCCAGGCAUUUUGGUUCCCUGCACGCUACAGGUCUGUCAUUCCUGCACUUGUGACUAAUACAAGUCUCUUCUCUCAGCCACGGUGCCAAUUAAACUAAUGCACCAGAACAGUGGUGCCCGACUUUUUUCCUCUUUGUAGCAGACGGACGGCGCUCAGAGCAUCCGCAGGCCAGAUCUGGCUGUGCGCUGGGGAAGUGGGAUGUGGCCCAAGCCCAAUACAGCCAUGCUCGGAAAGGAGGUGUGGUCCAGCAUCAGUGAAUUGAAAAUUUGGCAGUGGGGGAAAGGCAGCAGUAUGACUUGUCACU